CUUCCAGUCAUAUUCAAACAAGAUCUGCAGAGCCAGGAGGUUGAAGAGGGGGACAUUGUUACCCUGCACUGUGAGCUUUCUAAACCUGGGGUCCCUGUGGAAUGGAGAAAAGGAUCACAGGUGCUGAAGUCUGGAGAAAAGUACCAGAUGAAGCAGAAAGAUUGCAGUGUGGAACUCCAAAUCUGUGAUUUGAAACCUGAAGACACAGGAAGCUACCACUGCAGGACUGGAGACACAGAGAGCUCAGCAUGCCUGAAAGUCAAUGGUAGGAUGAUGAAGACCUUUUCACUGCUGCCCCAUUCUUCACUAGCACAUAAUUUAAACUGGAGCACCACAUGUAUUAACAAAAAGGCAAUAAACAAUUAGUUAAAGUUAUGCAACAAAACAGCUAUCUUGGAAUAAUGCCUACCAUUUUUGAUUCAAGCUUUUUUGAUCUGUAGACUUAUAAUUAAUCUUUUGGGAUUUCUAUUUGUCAGCUCUCCCCGUCAUUUUCACCAAAGAGCUGCAGAGCCAAGAGGCUGAAGAGGGGGGCAGUGUUACCCUGCAUUGUGAGCUUUCUAAACCUGGGGUACCAAUGGAAUGGAGGAAGGGGGAGGUGGGUCUUUGCCCCUGUACCAAGUAUGAAAUCAUCCAGGAAGGGCACAGCGCUAGGCUAGUCAUCCAAAACUUAGACCCAGAAGACUCAGGCAGCUACACCUGUGACAGUGGUGACCGGAAAACCACAGCACAGCUUGCUGUGAAGGGUAGGCUGAGAAAAAAGUAUUCUGUUUUAGGUGUUGUGAAACAAAAUUCCCUCAUGUAUUAAACAUAUUUUGUGGUUUAGGGGCACAAGUUUGCUCUCAAAACGUUUCACUAUCUCACCUCUCCCAACUUUUACCGUUCCUACCUAGCCCUGUCCGUUUACUUCAAAACUCGACUACAGAAUCUAAAGUGGGACGCAGGUGAGAUCGCCAUCCUCCGCUGUGAGAUCACCAAGCCUGGGGCCAGCGUUGUCUGGAGCCGGGGCGACAGGGUCCUGGAGUCUAACAACAAGUAUCAGCUGAAACAGGAAGGGGCCAUUGUGAAGCUUAUCAUCUAUAGCCUACAAGGGGCUGACUCUGGGGAAUAUAUCUGUGACACAGGUUACCAGAAGACCUCCUCCAUGCUCACUGUACAGGGUAGGGGACAAGAUGAAAAUCUGCUAUUGUCUUCUGCCAUUCUUCUUAAUCAUUCUCGCUCUACACACCUCUUGAAUCAUGGCACUAAUCUUCUAAUUCACUCUAUACCUACCAACCACUUUCCAUCCUGAGUGAUUCCCACAAGACUAAUGCCACGCUAGGCUUUAGAGGACCAAAGGCCUAAAAGGGCACGGAAUUAAAGCUUGGUGAUCUUCAUACUUUUCCUCAGUCACUUAAUGCUUCCUAUAUUCUUCAUAUCCUUCACACAUCUUCCUCUGCACUUCUACCGCCGUAACCAUUCCACCUGAGCGCUCUGCUGUUAAGGACAAUGGUCUGUCUCACACUUCCAUUUCGUCUGUUUUCUGUGUUGACAGGAGCAACCUUGUGUCUUUUUCACAACCUUACUCUUAACAGUUGUCUCUGUACUGUAACUGUACUGAGUGUACAUGGGAAGGUGCCUUAUUUCUGUUGGCACCUAACCAUUAACACCCAUAUAGACACUAGUGGUCCUUUAGAGUAAGAUUCACAUCUAACCAGUAACACAUGACUGGCUUUAUCAAACAGAGUUGGAGGUGACCAUAGUGAAGGUCUUGAACAGCUGUUCGGUGCACGAGGGGGAGGAUGUCCACUUUGAGUGCCAUCUUUCCCACGAAGAUGCCAAGGAGGUCCAGUGGAAGCUUGCGGACGUCCCUCUGCAAAACAAUAAAAUGAAUCUGAUCCGUGCCCAGGGCAAGGUGCACAGCCUCACCCUCAGGGGGGUCACCCAGGCUGACUCAGGCACAGUCACCUUCACCGUGGGUCACCAUACCUCCACUGCCAGCCUGACCGUCCGAGGUAAGGGGCCAAAACCUGUGUUAUACCCUGUCUGUUUAAGAUAAGGGGUGCAUUAGGCCUAUUUUAUAUAUACAGUACCAGUCAAAAGUUUGGAAACACCUACUCAUUCAAGGGUUUUUCAUUAUUCGUACUAUUUUCUACAUUAUAGAAUAAUAGUGAAGACAUCAAAACUAUGAAGUAACACAUGGAAUCAUGUAGUAACCAAUUUUUUUUUGAACAUAUAUGAAAAUAUGUUUUAUAUUUGAGCCACCCUUUGCCUUGAUGACAGUUUUGCACACUCCUGGCAUUCUCUCAACCAGCUUCAUGAGGUAGUCACCUGGAAUGCAUUUCAAUUAACAGGUGUGCCUUCUUAACAGUUAAUUUGUGGAAUUUAUUUCCUUCUUAAUGCGUUUGAGCCAGUCAGUUGUGUUGUGACAAGAUAGGGGGGUGGUAUACAGAAGAUAGCCCUAUUUGGUAAAAGACCAAGUCCAUAUUAUGGCCAGAACAGCUCAAAUAAGCUAAGAGAAAUGACAGUCCAUCAUUACUUUAAGACAUAUGGAACAUUUCAAGAACUUUGAAAGUUUCUCAAGUGCAGUCGCAAAAACCAUCAAGCGCUAUGAUGUAACUGGCUCUCAUGAGGACUGCCAUUGGAAUGGAAGACCCAGAGUUACCUCUGCUGCAGAGGAUAAGUUCAUUAGAGUUACCAGCCUCAGAAAUUGCAGCCCAAAUAAAUGCAUCACAGAGUUCAAGUAACAGACACAUCUCAACAUCAACGGUUCAGAGGGGACUGUGUGAAUCAGGCCUUCAUGGUCGAAUUGCUGCAAAGUAACCACUACUAAAGGACACCAAUAAGAAGAUGCAACCUGCUUGGGCCAAGAAACACGAGCAAUGGACAUUAGACUGGUGGAAAGUUGUCCUUUGGUCUGGAGUCCAAAUGUGUGACGCGGUGUGGGUGAACGGAUUAUCUCCGCAUGUGUGGUUCCCACCCUAAAGCAUGGAGGAGGAGGUGUUAUGGUGUGGGGGUGCUUUGCUGGUGACACUGUCUGUGAUUUAUUUAGAAUUCAAGGCACACUUAACCAGCAUGGCUACCACAGCAUUCUGCAGCGAUAUGCCAUCCCAUCUGGUUUGGUCUUAGUGGGACUAUCAUUUGUUUUUCAACAGGACAAUGACCCAACACACCACCACGGGGGACCAGUAUGAAAAUUUAUGCACUCACUAACUGUAAGUCGCUCUGGAUAAGAGCGUCUGCUAAAUGACUAAAAUGUAAAUGUAUAGGCUAUUUUACCAAGAAUGGGGGUGAUUGAGUGCUGCAUCAGAUGACCUGGCCUCCACAAUCCCCCGACCUCAACCCAAUUGAGAUGGUUUGGGAUGAGUCGGACCGCAUAGUGAAGGAAAAGCAGCCAACAAGUGCCCAGCAUAUGUGGGAACUCCUUCAAGACUGUUGGAAAAGCAUUGAGAGAAUGCUGGUUGAGAGAAUGCCAGGAGUGUGCAAAGCUGUCAUCAAGGAAAAGGGUGGCUAUUUGAAGAAUCUCAAAUAUAAAAUAUAUUUUGAUUUGUUAAACACUUCUUUGGUUACUACAUGAUUCCAUAUGUGUUAUUUCAUAGUUUCGAUGUCUUCACUAUUAUUCUACAAUGUAGAAAAUAGCAAAAAUAAAGAAAAACCCUUGAAUGAGUAGGUGUGUCCAAACUUUUGACUGGUACUGUGUGUGUAUGUAUUAUAUAUAUAUAUAUAUAUAUAGUCUAAGGUAAAAUAUAUAUAGACUCUUAUACAGUGAGUCUGCUGAUCAGUACAAACCCUUUUCCAUUCUAUCCCAAUACUUGGAUCCAUUCUUAAUUCAUUGUAAAACCUAACUUUACGAGGUAAGGGUUACAAGUCUGUUGAUCAACUCUAAUCUUUUCCCAUUGUACCCGAUACCUGGAUCCCUUUUGUCCAUUCCAAACCUGUUUCAUAGCCUGACCUUCCAAGGUAAAGGGUACAUGUACUGUAUAGUCUGAGGUAAGCAGUUAUAUAAUAUAUGUAUAAUAUGAGUCUCGUAAUCACUCACCUUUUACUAGACCUAACCAUUUUACCUUGAUACCCGGAGUCCAUUCCAAACUCAUUUUACAGCCUGACUGUCCAAGGUAAGGGGUGCAUAUACCCAUAUAAUGAAAGUAAAGGGUACAUAUACUGUAUAGUCUGAGGUAAGGGGUUAUAUAAUAUAUGUAUAAUAUGAGUCUCCUAAUCACUCACCUUUACUAGGCCUAACCAUUUUCCAUAAUACCCCAAUAUCUAGAGUCAUUCUGGAUCUCUCAAUUCAUGGUCAUCUUGUUGUGGACAUCGAUUGGUAUAGCAGUGUAUGCCAUUGGUAGGCCACUUGUUCAUUUCACUCAACAUUUUUUUACAAAAUAGCAAGAAACAAGAAAUCUCCCUGUUUUUGUCCUUUGAGACCAAUGCUAUUUGAAACCUAUAGUGGAUAAACAUUUUUUCUAGCAAAAGCUUUUUAAUGUUGUAUUGUUGUUUUAUAUGUUUCCUUUCAAGAUAUUGGAUGUGCUUGGAUGUCCAUCCCAUCCGUGUCCGCUCCCUAAACAGGUUAACGUCUCCAUCCAUCCUAACCUUGUGGUGGUCUGUAUCUAUCUUGCUGUGUCCCGGCAGGGGCCCCUGUGGUGUUCAAGAAGGAGCUGGAGAGCCAGGAAGCAGUAGAGGGAGGCAGUGUCUCCCUGACCUGUGAGAUCAGUGCUGAGGGCAAGGUGACCUGGAGAAGGGGAUCUGUGCUCCUCACCCAGGGGGAGAAGUAUUCCAUGGAGCACACAGGUUCUACCUACAUCCUGAUGGUUCACAAGCUAAAGGUCGAAGAUGCUGGAGAGUACACCUGCGAUACCGGGGAUAAGCAGAGCACAGCCACCCUAACAGUCAAAGGUAAUGAAGCUUGGCUGUAUUCAUGUCUGUCUCUGCUGGUUUGCUGUGACCCUACAUUAUCCUCUGCUUUCAUUCUGUGUGCCAACGGACUAAGAACUUCCUUCUUAAUGUUAUUUUACUUGGAUUUUGUUGUAGCCAAACUUGUAGUAACCUGUUUUUUAAGUGUAAUGUGUGAGUAAGCGCAUAGUUUUUGGGGUAACAAUAACAUUUUAGUUGAUCAUGAAAUAUAGGUUUCGUAAUCAAUGUGUGUUUUUGCGUUUGAACCGCAAUCUAUUUGCCAUGUUGGGGACUACAGAAUGUAUUUGUGUUGGUUUUGUUGUCAUAUUCAGACCUAUACUAUGUAUUGUGUCAGAGAUCGUUUUUUAAAACGUAUGUCUACCUUCCUACAUGUUAGCCAUCACGUAGGAAGUGAAAAUGUGUUUUUGUGUAAUAUUGUACUCUUUAAUUGAGAAAGAGUCCUAAACAUAAAUAGCCUCUGCAAACUCCAUGAACUGGUGUCUCCUGGAGUGCAAUUGUGUAUCCUCUUUAGAUCUCACUUUUAAAUCGGGAUACCAAUGGUGGUGCUCUAAUGCUGAGUGUUUCACCUUAAUGAAUCCCCUGGGAAACCCUGACCCUGGGAACCUUUAGAUCUCUCACUCCCCCAUCAUCACAUUAAUUCACCUCCAGAGUCUGUACGCAUCACUCGGGAGCUGCAAGACAUCACAGUGACCACCGGCCAGGAUGCUGUCUUUGCGUGUGAGUUGUCCCAGGAGGGCGUGACCAACGGAGAGUGGUGGCUGGGCGAUAACCUCCUCCAGAACAACGACCUGAACCAGAUGACCUGCCAGGGCCGGGUACACCGGCUGACACUACAGAUGGUCACCACUGACGAGUCAGGGGACGUGGCGUUUGUGGUGGGCGAGGAGAAGACUGUUGCCUGCCUACUGGUGGAAGAGAAGCCCAAAGGUAAUAGAGAUGUUAACGGAGACAUUAAAGAUGGCCUCCUCUUCCUCACCUAUCUCCAUCUCUCCAUCUCUAUCUUCCAUCAAACAGCUUUGUCUUGGCACGUUAGAACACCCUUUGUUCAUCUGCUGUGCAACAUCAUCCAUUCCAUCCUUUCUUUAGACGUGUGUUGGUCAUCCUCCUGGCUUUUCUUUUUAUAGUAUCUUUGUCUUUAAAGAUACUAUAAAAUGAAGUUGACAACAAGACGUUUGUCACUGAUAUAAACAUAUCACUUUGCUAACUUCAGUAUCAAUUUGAAUAUCAAUUAAGUGAUAAAUGCCUAAUGGUCAUAGUCUUUAUGGUUAUCAUUGGCAUGCUACUGAAAGUUCAUACAAGGCAUUUUAGACCUGUGGAAAAAGAGACACAUUAAAUACUGCCCAUAUAAAAACUGUACAAGUUUUACAUAUACAUGACACUUGACACUCAAAGUGCAUUACACUGUAUGUACUUAGCUUGGGAUUUCCAAUAUCUACAGCCUUAAUCCUAGAGAAGCCUCACGAUACAGUGGCCUUGGAGGGUGAGACAGUCACCCUGUCCUGCACCGUCUCCGACCCCACGGCCACCGUCACCUGGAGCAGGAAUGAUGUGGCCAUCAAAGCAGGACUCAAGUACGACCUGCGGAAGGAUGGAGCUCUCCUGCAGCUCCGCAUCCACAACUUGGAGAUGGAGGACUCUGGAACUUACUGCUGCGAUACCAGGGACGCACAGUGCACCGUCACCUUGAUUGUGGAAGGUAAAGAAUGAUGCCGGCACUAGAAAAGUUUGGACCCUCUGCACUGCAUCUAAUACCACAAAAUUGUUACCAGCCCAAACCUCACAGUGAAUGCUCUGGAUCAAGAUAAACUCAGGAUGAGUUCCCCCAAUAAUACUCUUCUUGACUGUCUUGCCCUCUACAAACUCCCAUGCACCCAGUCUUCCAUCAACAUACACUAACAGAGCCAUCUUACUCCCCUGUACACUACUUUACGUCCUCUGUCCGACACAGAUGUCAUGUCUCCUACUUCCACCAGGUGCCCCGGCAUUCUUCCAGAAGGAGCUGAAGAACCAGGAAGCCCAGGAGGGUGAUGAUAUCACUCUGCACUGUGAGCUCUCCAAGGCGGGCGCUCACGUGGAGUGGAGGAAGGGAGGCGUAGUCCUCCAGGCUGGUAAGAAGUACGAGAUGAGACAGGAGGGAUGCAUUCAGGAGCUCCACAUUCGCAACCUAGAGCCAGAGGACAAUGGCUACUACACCUGUGAUGCUGGAGACCAGCUCACCACGGCGUCAGUGGCAGUGCAAGGUAUAAUGUCACUACACCGUCUGUCUCUGAGAGGGUCCAUUUCUGUAUGGUCUGGUCUUUUCUUUUCUCAAGGAUGAAGGAAUUAAUUCCUAACGGUUUUAGAUAGCCUUUGUGGUUUCAACAAGUGUACUGUAUGUUAUGGCAGCAAGUUAAAGCUGAUCAGUUGCAGGAUGGAAUUUAAGUUUCCAGUCUUGAUGGAAUACAUAUGGUUAAAGGGAUAGUACACCAAAUUACAUAAUGACACAUUGGUUUCCUUACCCUAUAAGCAUGGUAUGACAGUAAUCCAUGCUUUGGGUUAGUUUACCUGGCACAUGCUAACAUUUAAGCACAAAUCCCAUUCAAUUAAUGGGACCGACAUUUUCUGCGCAUUAACAAAAUAUAGAUUGUAUCAUGGAACGUGUAGGAAAUAAAUAACCUAAUGAAGUGUGUAAGGAUGCUUGCCUACUUAAAGUCAAAGUUUAAGUGAGGAAUGAGACAGGUCAAGGUCGAAGUCAUCUUUAUUAUCCCAAAGUUUGGCAUUGUGAAAGCUUGGGUGAGUUGUGUGACUGUGAGUAGCAGUAUCUGAGUGUCUGAUUCUAUCUCCACUACUCUUCAGAGGCAGAGGUCCUCAUAGUGUGUGGUCUAAAGAGCACCAAUGUCUUUGUGGGCGAGUGGGCCACCUUCUCCUGCCAGCUCUCCCACAGUGUGACGCCUGGGGAGGUGCAGUGGUGGCUGGAUGGGUACCUUCUUCAGGACAGCCCCUCCAGCGAGAUAGGGCUGAGCCAGGGCCACGUCCACACCCUCACCCUAAAAGACAUGGCUCCGGACACCUCGGGCACAGUCAUGUUCAAAGCCAGCAGCCUGGUGUCCUACACCAAGCUCUUUGUCAAAUGUAUCAGGGAGGACUGGAGGAGCUAGAGGGAUUGAGAGGAGGAGGAGAGUGACUUCUAAAUUGCCAUCUCUUUUCUUGAGACCAUGCAGCAUCAAUGCUCAUUAUACACACACACUGGGGGACUGUCAAUGAAAGAUUUUUGUUAUACUUUUGGUAUACUUUUUCCUCUGAAGAAAAUCACCAGUGAAACUUGUGAUUAGAUAAAAAAAUAUAUAUUUAUUUAAUUUUCAGUGACCACCAGAGCAUUAGACUUAGACCCAAUUUCAAUAAAUUAUAGAUAUACAGUAGGAAACCACAUUGGUAGUACAAUAAGAAUGUUUACUCGUUUCACACGUUUUGUCCAAGGCUAAUGUUAAUCUUGACAGUAUUAUGUAGGUGUCCUAAAAAUAGUUCAAAGCUCCUAGUGGGAAUGACUAGAUCAGUAGCUAAUUACUUUUUGUGCCUCAUCCAUGCAUGCUUCCAUGCAUGAUCAUACAUUUGAGUCAUUUCACUGAGUUAGAAUGAGAGUUUUCAUGCUGCAUGCUUUUGAUAAGACCACAACAUACAGGAUGGUGCAGCACUAGAUUAUGUUUCCACCAAUUUCUUAGUGAUAUGCAGCAAGAGCUAUGUCAGUCAAUGAGGAUUCACACCCUUAGUUAAAUUGUGUAGCAAAACAUUUAGCUAAUAAUGGCAAAUGUUACCUAACAGUUGUGGUUUACAGAUACAGUGGCUUCCGAAAGUAUUCACCCCCCUUGGCAUUUUUCCUAUUUUGUUGCCUUACAACCUGGAAUUAAAAUAGAUUUUUUGGGGGGUUUGUAUCAUUUGAUUUACACAACAUGCCUACCACUUUGAAGAUGCAAAAUAUUUUUUAUUGUGAAACAAACAAAGAAAUAAGACAAAAAACAGAACUUGAGUGUGCAUAACUAUUCACCCCCCCUAAAGUCAAUACUUUGUAGAGCCACCUUUUGCAGCAAUUACAGCUGCAAGUCUCUUGUGGUAUGUCUCUAUAAGCUUGGCACAUCUAGCCACUGGGAUUUUUGCCCAUUCUUCAAGGCAAAACUGCUCCAGCUCCUUCAAGUUGGAUGGGUUCCGCUGGUGUACAGCAAUCUUUAAGUCAUACCACAGAUUCUCAAUUGGAUUGAGGUCUGGGCCUUGACUAUGCCAUAUUAAUGUUUCCCCUUAAACCACUCGAGUGUUGCUUUAGCAGUAUGCUUAGGGUCAUUGUCCUGCUGGAAGGUGAACCUCCGACCCAGUCUCAAAUCUCUGGAAGACUGAAACAGGUUUCACUCAAGAAUUUCCCUGCAUUUAGCGCCAUCCAUCAUUCCUUUAAUUCUGACCAGUUUCCCAGUCCCUGCCGAUGGAAAAACAUCCCAACAGCUUGAUGCUGCCACCACCAUGCUUCACUGCGGGGAUGGUGUUCUCUGGGGUUGAUGAGAGGUGUUGGGUUUGCGCCAGACAACAUCCCCGUUAGUGAGCAUUUCUCCUACGAUAAUCCAUCCACCUGACAGGUGUGGCGUAUCAAUAAAGCUGAUUAAACAGCAUGAUCAUUACACAGGUGCACCUUCUGCUGGGGACAAUAAAGGCCACUCUAAAAUGUGCAGUUUUGUCACACAACACAAUGCCACAGAUGUCUCAAGUUUUGAGGGAGCGUGCAAUUGGCAUGCUGACUGCAGGAAUGUCCACCAGAGUUGUUGCCAGAGAAUUUAAUGUUAAUUUCUCUACCAUAAGCUGCCUCCCCCAACGUUGUUUUAGAGAAUUUGGCAGUACGUCCAACCGGCCUCACAACCAUAGACCUAACCACGCCUUCCCAGGAUCUCCACAUCCGGCUUCUUCACCUGUGGGAUCGUCUGAGACCAGCCACCAGGACAGCUGAUGAAACUAAGGAGUAUUUAUGUCUGUAAUAAAGCCUUUUUGUGGGGAAAAACUCAUUCUGAUUGGCUGGGCCUGGCUCCCAAGUGAGUGGGCCUAUGCCCUCCCAGGCCCACCCAUGGCUGCGCCCCUGCCCAGUCAUGUGAAAUCAAUAGAUUAGGGCCUAAUUAAUUUAUUUCAACUGACUGAUUUCCGUAUAUGAACUGUAACUCAGUAAAAUCUUUGAAAUUGUUGCAUGUUAUAUUUUUGUUCAGUAUAUUUUAGUCAUAAUGUACAGUUCUAGUAAGCACCCACUCUAAUAUUAUUCAAAAAUUAUUGAAAUCUUAUCUGCCUACUGUAGUAUAUUCACAUUUAAAUAGAUUGCAUAUGAUGUAGUUUUAAUAAUUUUGUGGCAGUAUGUGUGAUGUAUGAUUGCUGUUAAGAAGUAAUGUGUGCACACGGGUAGUAAUUCAAAAAGAAUAAAAGAAAGUAUGUGCACAGAGUAUUUUAACUGAACUUGGUUUUAACUUUGUAGUUCUGUGGGUACAGUAGGACAGAUUUGACCUGUAAACAAACUUUGCUGCUGUAUGUGAGCCUAGAGAAACAGCAGUAGCUGGAAAUUGCAGUAUAGGGCAGUGCUGCUCCACCCAUCCACCCUGGCUGGCCACUUUCCCUUAUUUACUCUCAGCCUCACUUCCACCCUACAAUGCACCACCCCUAGCCUGCAAGCACUAAAACUAUCUAACCCUUCCUGCCUUUGCUCUGUAAGUAUGGAAUCUCUAGCCACCCAUGGGCAUAUUUCCCCUUUCUCAUUGGUUGGUUAGUGGGCAGUAGUUGUGUCCAGCUCCCCCUGCCUCUUGAGACAUUUGGGCCUUUCACUCCCCCUUCAGUUUGGAGUAUCAAAAACAACUGUCACAGAGUAAACAUUCACAUUCUGUAUUUAAGUGCAUACUGUAUUUGGGCACUGAGUGCUGCAUCCAUAAGAUGUACUGUGGAUCAAGGCACAUCUAUGCACAUUACUACAAUAAUAAGCCAUCUCUGAUACCACCAGUAAAUCUAUAUGGUAUACAAUUUCCCCACUGGGGAUCAAUAAAGUUAAUUCAAUUAAAAGUAAAAUAAACCAAAAUACUCCAAGGUGUACUGGGGUGUUUAUAAAGCCCAGGUGUUGUCCUUUGCCAUGUCGAGAGAGUGAAUGUCAGUCAUGAUGACCUUGUCAUAUGACCCUUGACCACUGCCCCCACUCUCAGACCCCACAGUAGAGGUGGUGAGUGAGAUGCAGGACCUUCGUGUGGCUGAGGACCAGCCGGCUGAGUUCAUCUGCCAGUACUCCCGGCCGGUCCAGGCCCAGUGGAAAAGAAACGGGCGGCCGUUGCAGCCUGACGGCAGGAGGGUGGUAGUGGAGCAGGACUGGACCGUGGCUCGCUUGUACAUUAGCCAUGUGUCCACUGAGGACAGGGGGAAGUACUCCUGUGAGGCAGAGGGGACCUGCGUGGUCGCCUUGCUGGAAGUGGAAGGUGAGCUUCUCUUCUCUUUUGGAAAGAGCAACUAGCUACCCUACCCUCCCCCUGAGCUUCACACUAUUUUUCUUUCUACUGUUUUUAUUGUUGUGUUCAGUUAUGAUUAGCAGAUAGCGAUUUCAAGCAGGUAAUUUGUUUUACUCAUUAUUUAUUAUUGUUUUAUUUAUGCAAUCUUUCCCCCAACCCUUUUUUGCAAUCAAUCCAGCCAGGCAAAGCAAAAUGAAAAAUUUACAUGGCUUCUAAACCAUGAGACCUGAUCAUGAAAAGCUCUGGGCCCUAGUUAUAGCGAUCAACUAUGGCCCAGAGAUUCUCAUGAUCAGGUCAGGAAAAACUCCUGGCCCUAGUGUCAAAAUGGAUAUCAGAAAGUUCAAAACAAAGCUGUCUAAAACUGUAAUUUCAUGCACUGUUUAAGUGUCCAGCAGUUUUGGCAGGUUUUCAUUGUGAGGUUCAGCUUGAAUAGCAGCAAGUGUCAAGCAAUAAAAAAUCCACUUGUCCUUCAGGCCACUGUGAACAUAAAAUCCCCACCAACAGUGGGGAAAAGGCUUGUCUAAUGACACAUUCUCCCCUCUCAGUUAAAGCUAUUAUCUUCCAGUAAACAUCCCUCUCCCUUCUCUCCUCUUCUCCCCUAUAGUCAAACCCAUUGAAAUCCUCCAGGGCCUGGAGAACAUGGACACCAUCGACGGCGGCGAGGCCCUGUUCGAGUGCUCUAUUUCUCGUUGCGAGAUCAAAGACUGCCGCUGGCUCAUCGACGGCAAGCCGGUGAAGGAUUCGCCAAACACUGAGAUCGUGUCCUUCGAGAGUGGCCGCCGCCACCUGCUGUUGCUAAAGGAUCUGCACGUCGGGGACAACUGCAAAGUGACCUUCCAGGCUGGCACCGCAGCAACCUCCGCCAUGCUCAAUGUCAAAGGUAUCCCACCCCAAUUAAUGCCCCCCUUAUGUUUGUCAGUAAGUUAGUUCUUGUUUUUGUUAAGGCCUGGUCUUAUGGUGAAAUGUACUGUGACAUACUACGGCUGAAAAUAAGGAGAAACUGCCUUAUAUUAUAUGAAGUGGAUUUUGUGUGCGUAGGCUGGCAGCUGGAUGUGGUGAGCGGUCUGGAGGAUAAGGUAGCUGUGGUGGGAGAGAAGGUAGAGUUCAGCUGCAUGCUGACUGAGCCUGUGCCUGAGGCGGAGGUAGUGUGGUACUCUAACGGAGCCGAGCUAAAGAAUGAUGACACCUGGGCCAUGCGGGCAGACGGUUGCUCCUACCAC